AUUUGCCAUGCGCAUAAGCUGUGGAGCUCGUCGAAACGUACGGACAGCACCUACCUAUACCCUUUGGUAUAAAGAUUUUGCAUAUACAGGGGGAAUUCCUGCAAAUGCAACACGUCCAAGUUAUAUAACUCCUCCACUGUCAACUCUGCGUUACUUCCCCUUAUCUGAGGGUCCUAAUAAUUGUUAUAAUGUAAAUAGGGUGCCAAAGGGGCACUACACGGUGAGGAUCUUCUUUGGACUUGUUAACCAACCUAACUUUGACAGUGAACCCUUAUUCGACAUAUCUAUUGAAGGCACUCAAGUUUACUCUCUUAAAUCGGGUUGGACUGGGCAAGAUAGCCAAGCAUUUCUUGAAGUCCUUGUGUUUAUUACAGAUCGAUCUGUUGCCAUCUGCUUCCAUAGUACUGGCCAUGGAGAUCCAGCUAUUCUUUCAAUUGAAAUUCUUCAAGUUGAUGAUGGAGCAUACUACUUUGGGCCAGAGUGGGGUGAUCAGGUGAUCCUUAGAACGGUUACAAGAUUGACUUGUGGUACUGGGAAACCAAAGUUCGAUGAAGAUUAUAGUGGGGAUCAUUGGGGUGGGGAUAGAUUUUGGCACCCCAUUAGAACUUUUAUUCAGAGUGCUGAUCAAGUUAGGUCUACUGAAGCUACCAUUAAAAAGGCCUCAAUUGCACCAAACUUCUAUCCAGAAGCUCUUUAUCAGUCAGCAAUUGUUAGUACUGACAGUCAGCUUGAUAUAACAUACAGUAUGGAUGUGGAUCCCAAUAGAAAUUAUUCAGUAUGGUUACAUUUUGCAGAGAUUGAUGCUUCAGUCAGUGUUGUAGGGCACAGGGUAUUUGACAUCCUGAUAAAUGGUGAUGUCACAUUUCCAGGUGUGGAUAUUGUAAAAAUGAGUGGAGAUCGUUAUACAGCACUUGUACUUAACACUACUAUGGCUGUUAAGGGAAGGACUUUGACAAUAACCCUGCGCCCUAAAGAAGGAAGUCAUGCUAUCAUCAAUGCUAUUGAGGUCUUUGAGGUGAUAACAGCUCAAUUUACAACUUUUCCUGAAGAAGUUAGGGCUUUGCAGACUUUGAAGAGUGCAUUGGGACUUCCUCUUAGGCUAGGUUGGAAUGGUGAUCCUUGUGUUCCUCAGCAGCAUCCAUGGAGUGGAGCAGAUUGUCAGUUUGACAAAAAUACCAGCAAGUGGUUCAUUGACGGACUUGCUCUUGACAACCAAGGCCUGAAGGGUUUCUUGCCUGGUGACAUAUCCAAACUAAGUCAUCUGCGGAGCAUAAACUUGAGUGGCAACAGUAUUCAUGGGGCUAUUCCACCCUUACUUGGAACAAUAACUAGCUUACAGGAGCUGGAUCUUUCCGAUAAUUUAUUUGAUGGAUCAAUCCCUGAAAGCCUAGGGCAGUUAACAGCAUUGCAUAUACUGAACCUAAAUAGCAACUCUCUAUCUGGAAGAGUCCCAGCCGCACUUGGAGGAAGACUUUUACAUAGAGCGAGCUUCAACUUCACUGAUAAUAAAGGCCUAUGUGGUAUUCCUGGACUACGAGCAUGUGGGCCACAUCUUUCUGCAGGUGCAAAGAUUGGCAUUGCAUUAGGUGCUUGUGUGGUAUUCCUACUUCUUAUUCUAUGCUUAGUGUGUUGGUGGAAAAGACGGCAAAAUAUUCUUCGAGCGCAGCAGAUUGCAGCAAGAGGAGCACCCUAUGCAAAAGCAAGGACCCACUUAUCUCAUGAUAUUCAGAUGGCAAGGCAUCACAAUCAUGGACAUGCACGAACUGCAGCUGAGAAUGGACCUAGCUUGUUAUCAUGAUUGGCAAACAUCACUUGAAAUUGCAUAUAUUCAAACCCUGCACCUGUUGCGUACCUGAGACUGAUCUCUAUCCCAUGUUUUAACUUGGCUUGGCUGCUUUCUCUGAACUUGUGGUACUAUCUAAUGCUCUUGCCUUCCUUCAGAGUGGUGUUCCAUCAAGGGCUUAAAGCUUAAAGAAUCACUCACAAAAUGUCAGACCCUAGUGUUCCAUCAAGGGCUUAAAGCUUAAAAGAAUCACUUAUAAAAGGUCAGACACUUUGCCUUGGUUGCAUAAACAGUGUAGAGAGAACAUUUGUAAAAUAUUUUGGAAUAUGUUGUAACACACGUAGGAAUUUGAUCAUCUUCCUGGUUUUAUCUUUUAUUUACCCUAUGGAGUUAGAAGGAUUAAGCUGUAAUCUACUCAGACCCUACCUCCAUAAAGGUCACAUACAUAGAUCGGUUUACAUGGAUAGGAAUGCUUUUAAGAUUGUAGGCUUCGUAUGGUGUAUUAUUUUUUUUCCUAAUGGCAAUCUUAUUUCACCGUG